AUGAAGUCGACGUCCUUAGCAGCGCCGACAGCGGCGCUGCUGACAGCACUCUGCACUCUGCCGUCCUUCACAUCCGCCUUUUACCUGCCAGGCCUGGCGCCCGAAUUCUAUAAGCCCGGCGCGCGGGUACCGCUCAAUGUUAACAGCAUCAAGCCUCUUGCAUCCCAGCAAGAUGCCCGCCUCUACUCCGUCCUGGCGUACGACUACUAUACCGAGAAGUUUGGGUUCUGUGCACCCGAAGGCGGACCUGAAUAUGUGAGAGAGAGCCUCGGAAGCAUCCUGUUCGGCGAUCGCAUCAUGACGUCCCCAUUCGAGCUCAACAUGGCGCGAAACGAGACCUGUAAAUCCUUGUGCCAGGUCACCUACGACAGACCGUCUGCGCAUUUUGUCAACAAGCGCAUCAUGCAAGGCUAUGCGCUCAACUGGCUGAUCGAUGGCCUGCCGGCAGCCCAGCUUACAGUAGAACAAAUGACCGGGGUUACGUUCUACAGCCCGGGAUUUGCGAUUGGGCAAGGCGAUACCACGGACCCAGACUCUACAGCGUUCUUCAACAACCACUACGACAUCUGGAUCGAGUACCACGAAGUCAACGGCGAUCCGGAGCAGUUGAGAGUCGUGGGAGUCAUCGUCCAGCCUUCGUCUAAGGACUAUGCUGGUUCCAAGGCGGAUUGUGGCGAGCACCCGUCACUUGUGCUCAGGGAGGACGACGAAAAGGGCACGCCUGUAGAGUUCACCUACAGCGUAUACUGGACGCGUUCGGACACAGCUUGGGCCACGCGCUGGGACAAAUACCUCCACGUUUACGAUCCCAAGAUCCACUGGUUCUCGCUCAUCAACUCAGCUGUGGUUGUCGUCUUCCUCACAAUCACCGUCUCCUCGGUGCUUUUUCGCGCGCUCAAGAAGGACAUCGCUCGAUACAACCGGCUUGACAACAUCAACCUGGACGAUCUCUCGGGCACCUCUGCGCUCGAGGAUGAUGGCGUGCAGGAGGAUUCUGGCUGGAAGCUGGUACAUGGCGAUGUGUUCCGCGCGCCUUCGCACCCGCUGCUUCUGUCCAUCUUUCUCGGAAACGGUGCUCAGCUUUUUGUCAUGACCGGAUUCACCAUCUGCCUCGCGCUCCUCGGUUUCCUGUCGCCUUCAAACCGUGGCUCUCUCGGCACCAUUGUGAUUAUCCUCUACACGCUGCUCAGCUUCGUCGGAGGAUAUGCGUCUGCGCGCGUGUACAAGUCUCUCGGUGGUGAGAAGUGGAAGCUCAACAUCGGCUUGACUCCGAUUCUUGUGCCUGGCAUUGUUUUCACAACCUUCUUCCUGCUCAACCUGUUCCUGUGGGCUAACGAGGCGUCUGGCGCUGUCCCCAUCUCGACCAUGUUCGUCAUUGUCGCCAUCUGGUUCAUUAUCUCUGUGCCCCUGUCCUUUGGCGGUUCGUGGUUCGGCUUCCGCGCUCGCCCUAUCGAGCCACCGGUACGCACCAACCAGAUCCCUAGACAGAUCCCGCCGACAACCACCUACCUCAAGCCCCUGCCCAGCAUGCUGCUUGUCGGCAUCCUGCCAUUUGGCGCCAUCUUUGUGGAGCUCUACUUUAUCAUGAGCUCCAUCUGGUUCAGCAAGAUCUACUACAUGUUUGGCUUCCUCUUCCUGUGCUACGGCCUGAUGAUCAUCACCUGCGCCGCGGUCACGGUCCUCAUGGUCUACUUCCUGCUGUGCUCCGAAAACUACCACUGGCAAUGGCGUUCGUUCUUGGCCGCGGGCAUGAGCGCCGGCUACAUCUUCGCCAAUGCCCUGAUCUACCUGGUCAGCAAGCUGUCGCUGGGCGGCCUCUCUGGAACCGUCCUGUACGUUGGAUACAGCGCCCUGCUUUCCUUCCUGUUCUUCAUCCUGACGGGCUCCAUCGGCUUCUUCUCGAGUUGGUGGUUUGUUCAGAAGAUCUACAAGUCCAUCAAGAUCGACUGA